UAGGGGAGGAAGGGUGCCAGGUGGAAGGUGAAGAGGCAAACCAGAAGAGAAGCGGGGAACGAACACUUAGAAACAAGAUGUGUAGUCCGCCGGGCCUGAGGGAACAGCGUGACUAUUUCUCACUUGAAAAUCGCUAGUGCAGUGCAGAGCGAACACCUUCCGUCCGCCUGGCCUCAGACCCCGGCGUGCGGGCCCCCGCCCUAGGCCUGCCGCGGCCCUGGCCCUGCCUGGGCGUGGGCCCAGCUUCCCGUCCCUCCCGCGGGUCCGCCCCACGCCGGGCGGGGCCUGGCCCGCCCCAUCCUCGCGUGACCCCAGAACCUCCCCCCGACCCCCGUGCCCGAACCACGCGGUAUCCCGGGCCGGGCCCGAAGCUCGAUGGCGACGUGGAGGCGGGACGGCCGGUUGACCGGCAGCCAGAGGCUGCUGUGCGCCGGGCUGGCGGGGGUGCUCAGCCUCAGCCUCACCGCGCCCCUGGAGCUCGCCACCGUGCUGGCCCAGGUUGGCGUCAUGGGAGCCCAUGCCCGGGGGCCGUGGGCCACUGGCCGCCGGGUGUGGCGGGCGGAGGGGCCCCGGGCCCUGUGGAAGGGCAACGGGGUGGCCUGCCUGCGCCUCUUCCCCUGCAGCGCCGUGCAGCUGGCCGCCUACCGCAAGUUUGUUGUGCUGUUCAUGGAUGACCUGGGCCAUAUUUCCCAGUGGAGCUCCAUCAUGGCUGGGAGUCUCUCAGGCAUGGUUUCCACCAUUGUGACAUAUCCUACAGACCUCAUCAAAACCCGGUUGAUUGUACAGAACAUGCUGGAACCAUCUUAUAAGGGGCUUCUCCAUGCUUUUUCCACUAUUUAUCAACAGGAAGGGUUCCUGGCCCUUUAUCGAGGGGUUUCCCUCACUGUUUUAGGUGCUCUCCCAUUCUCUGCUGGCUCCCUUCUUGUUUACAUGAACCUGGAGAAAAUCUGGAACGGACCCCGAGAUCGAUUCUCUCCCCUGCAGAACUUUGCCAAUGUCUGCCUGGCUGCUACAGUGACCCAGACUCUCUCCUUUCCCUUUGACACCGUGAAGAGAAAGAUGCAGGCUCAAAGCCCCUUCCUUCCCCACUGCGGAGGAGUAGACGUCCAUUUCUCAGGAGCAGCGGACUGCUUCCGGCAGAUAAUGAAGACCCAGGGAAUACUGGGGCUCUGGAAUGGAUUGACAGCCAACUUACUGAAGGUAGUUCCAUAUUUUGGGGUUAUGUUUAGCACCUUUGAGUUCUGCAAGAGAAUCUGUCUUUACCGAAAUGGUUACAUUGUAUCUCCUCUGAGCUAUAAAUUGACCCCAGGAGUGGAUCAGAGUUUGCAGCCCCAGGAAUUACGGGAAUUAAAGAAGUUCUUCAAAACUGGAAAACUAAAGUCUAAAAAGCCAACUCUGUAAAAUGGAGUGGAACUAGAAGUGCACGGACUAAAGGCAUGUCACGGUCAUAGAUCAAUGUAGCCUCUUAACUGGGCACUAGAGGAGGGGUGAGAGGCCACUCCUGUCUGCCGCUCUUGGCAAUGACAUGGUUUGGCAUUAUACCACUUCAGAGCUCCCAACGAUGUCCCCAUGAACACCUGUACCAUGAGGUUUCCCAACACCACUGUGUCAUGAUGGCAUUCCACCAGAUUAUAACCAAGACCUAAUAGUAAAAAAAUGUGCUCUUUACACUCCGAAUAGAAACAAGACAGACACCAAAGCAAGGGCAUUGCUGUGACACCUCAAAGCAACAUGUAGUUAAAGUGGCUGAGUGCAUACCACGUGGUGAGCCUAGCCCCAAGGUCACUCCCGGUCGAUGCAAACAGGCACAGUCCAAUGUCAGCCUAGUUUCACUCAGUCCUGACCUGAAGCUUCCCAGUAUCACUGUUCUUAACUCAUAACCUUUGCUGACUUCUGAGUGCACACACCACAGUGUAAAUUAUGACUUAUCAGAAACUAAAUGAAAAUAUUUAACAUUUAAAAGCUGUUACUAUUGGCUGGGUGCAGUGGCUCAAGCCUGUAAUUCUAACACUCUGGAAGGCCGAGGCAGGUGGAUUGCUUGAGCUCAGGAAUUCCAGACCAGCCUGAGCAAGAGCAAGACCCUGUCUCUACUAAAAAUAGAAAAACUCGCUUAGCAUUCUGGCAGGCACCUGUAGUCCCAGCCACUCAGGAGGCUGAGGCAAUAGGAUCACUUGAGCCCAGGCAUUUUAGAUUGCUGUGAGCUAUGCAGGCUUGGCACUCUAGCCUGGGGCAACAGAGUGAGACUGUGUCUCAAAAAAAAAAAAGUUAUUGCUAUCUUAAUACAACCAUCCUUCUUUGUUGAAAUUUGAAGCAUCCAAGGUCAGAAUCCUGUGUUACAGGAAGGCAGUUUUUACUGUGAUUGCUUAAUUAUGCACCCAAUGGCAUUAUUUGGAAUGAAGUCCUGUAUAGUUCAAGCAGCCUGAAUUCUCUGCCUUUGCAACUUGCUUUGCAAGCUUACCUUGAAGAUAAAUUAUUUAAUCAAGUUAUUCUCACAAGAUGUCCCAGUUGCCUAGAAAGGAUCAAAUGUAACAUUUGGCACACGUACCAAAAACAUGUGACUGAUUAAAAACACUUUAUUUGGCACACGUACCAAAACAUAUGACUGAUUAAAAAUACUUUGGGCUAAAUAUGUGUACUAAUUUUUUUAAUUUUAUUUGAUUUUAUUUUUUUUGCAGUUUCUGGCCGGGACUGGGUUUGAACCCACCACCUUCAGCAUAUGGGGCUGGCGCCCUACCCAUUUGAGCCACAGGCGCUGCCCCGAGUAUGUGUACUAAUUUUUUAAAAAACAAAAUUUAGGAUUAUUCCACCUUGGGAAUUCUAUGUAAAGUUUAUGUAACUGUACCUUUUGAAUAGUGUCUAUCUGUACUUUAAAAAUAUAUUAAUACCCUGGGCAGCACCUGUGGCUGUCGGUAAGGUGCCGGCCCCAUAUACUGAGGGUGGCGGGUUCAAUCCCAGCCCCGGCUGAACUGCAACCAAAAAAUAGUCGGGCGUUGUGGUGGGCGCCUAUAGUCCCAGCUACUUGGGAGGCUGAGGCAGGAGAAUCGCCUAAGCCCAGGAGUUGGAGGUUGCUGUGAGCUGUGUGAUGCCAUGGCACUCUACCGAG